GUUUCCUGUGCAGUAUGGGAACUGCCGUAUCCAAAAGAAAGAAUUUGAGGAACGAUGCCAUUUCUUCCGUCGCCGCAAAAGUUAGAGCAGCUCGAGCAUUUGGAGAGUACCUGUCGCAAAGCAACCCCGAGAACCGCAACGGAUCAGAUCACCUGCUGUCUGACACCUUUGUUGGCCAAGACUCUGAAUCUCCAAGCAUUAGCUGCCUGCACAAUAAUAACCAUCUGCAGCCAUACUCCAGAACAUCUCCCAUAGCCAAGCAGACGCAAGAUCAGCCAGAUCCGGGCCUUGUGCCAGUUCCUGUGUCCACCAGUGCCAAGCGUCGUCUCUCGGUGGAGCGCAGCCUCUCAUCUGAGGAUCAGCCGCAAUCCCAGCAGCCCCAACAGAGUUCAGUGAAGCCAGCACGUGUCUAUACCAUCAGCACGGAAGUUGGCAUGCUGGGGGCCAGGAGUAGUGAGGAGAGCCUGGAGCUUGAGGUCCUAAAGGGCCCCCAGGCUCGGACCAACCAACAGAGAACAAGCCAUCGCAGUGGUCAUGGCCACCACCAUCACGCUCCAUCUUCUCAGCCACUACAGAGCUCAGGAAGUGCACAUAACAUCCGAGAUUGGGGUUCGAGACGGAGUGGCUCGAAGGAGGACUGCCCACGGCCUCCGUGUCACAGCCAGCGCUCGCUUGACCUCGAUACGGUGCCAAGAGACAGCUCCAAGCAGCGCAAGAAACUGGAAAGGAUGUACAGUGAGGAUAGGGUGUCCACAGAGGACCGUGAAGAGCACACCAACAACUGGUUACCCAAAGAGAACAUGUUUAGCUUCCAGACUGCCACCACCACCAUGCAAGCGGCUUUCCGCGGCUUUGCUGACAGAAAGAGGAGGAAAAGAGAGCAGGAGGCCACCGCACUGAUGGAGAGAAACUUCCGGAAGCACCUGCGGAUGGUGGGCAGCAGGAGGAUGAAGGCCCAAUCAUUCGCCGAACGCAAAGCGAAGAGCUUCAGCCGCUCCUGGAGUGACCCUACACCCAUCAAGCCAGACUCGCUCCACGACUCCAGAGACAGUGGAGAUCUGCAGACGUCCUCAGGCACUCUGGAUGAGGGAGAGUAUGAUGAUGUGGAUUGGGAGGAGGAGAAAGAGCUGGAGCGGCUGGCCUGUGAAGGCGACGACUUCAUUCCUCCCAAAAUCAUUCUGAUUUCAUCCAAGGUUCCCAAGGCGGAGUAUGUGCCCAACAUCAUACGCAGGAACGACCCGUCCAUCAUCCCCAUCCUCUACGACCACGAGCAUGCGACUUUUGAUGAUAUACUGGAGGAGAUUGAAAAGAAACUCACCGCCUACAGAAAAGGCUGUAAAAUCUGGAACAUGCUUAUCUUCUGUCAGGGAGGACCUGGGCACCUGUAUCUCCUGAAGAACAAAGUGGCCACGUUUGCUAAAGUGGAGAAGGAGGAAGACAUGAUUCAGUUCUGGAAGAAACUGGCUCGGCUUAUGAGUUUGCUGAAUCCUGAGCCCAAUCUCAUUCAUAUUAUGGGCUGUUAUGUGUUGGGCAAUGCUAAUGGAGAGAAGCUUGUGCAGAACCUCAAGAGGCUGAUGAGACCAUAUGUUGUGGAGUUUAAGAGUCCUCUGGAACUCUCUGCGCAAGGGAAGGAGAUGAUCGAGAUGUACUUUGACUUCCGUCUGUUCCGACUGUGGAAGAGCCGGCAGCACUCCAAACUCCUCGACUACGACGACCUUUUGUGACGUCUCGUCCUUUCUCUUUAGAGUGCCUGAGAGAGGCGCGUAGCUCCAUUUAGGGCCCUACCCUGGCUGUGUUCCCCUCUAGAGCCUCAGUGUGAAUGCUCUGAGCUGGAGGAACGUGAUGAGGAAGCAUGAAGACGGCUGAUUGAAUAGUUCGCUCUGACAUGCGGCUGAAGGCAGGAGAUUCAGCCAUUCCUAUAAGGUGGCAUUUGUAAACCCAGACCUUUUGAACUCUCACCUAGGAAUGAGAGAUGUAAUUGGUAAUGGUGAUGGAUGGUAGGUUCAUAUUGAUCUUAAGGAUGUGUUUUAAGAGAAGUAGAUUUUUUUUAAACGGACAGCCCUGGAGAUGAAGCUAACAUAGCCACAUUUAUUAUUGAGUAGCUGUGUUGUAAUGAACCAACAGGGACCAUUUCCGGUCUUUCUGAUUCAGUCUUCUUUAGAAACUAGGUACUUAUAUGUUCUUUAUCAGGUAGAGACAGUAAAAUAAACAUUUUACUAAUCUCACAGGACUCCAUAUAGUACUGUAGUUGGGAAAUUCAUCAUAGUAUUCCUUACUUAUUCAGAGCAUUGAUAUUUUCUGACAUAUGGCCUGUUUUUUUUUUCUGGAGGAGAACUCAGGUUUUAUCAAGUAACCUCCCUGACCUUUUUCUGCACUCCAAAAGAGAACAGGCUAGUAGACAGCAAUGAUUCAGAAAUAAUAACAGGAGUAAUGGGAGUUGUGGAAACAAGAUGUCAGACAAAAUAUAAUGUAGAAUUUCUAGUGUGUGUGUGUGUGUGUGUGUGUGUGUGUGUGUGUGUGCUAGAUUUCCAUAGAAUUAGAAGUUAGAUUUUCAUAGUGGAGAUUUUCAGGCAUCUAACACGAAUGCUUGAAUAAACUUGUUGCCAGAUUUAAACCGUUGUCUUUGUCAGAUGUAGGUAUGUGCCAAAAACUUAGUUAUAUGUUAUAUCACGAUAUUCAACAAUAUUGUUACUGGCGACAGUGCAGCAUUCGGUCCAGCAUGGUCUCAAACUUGCAAAUUCAAAACAAAUCAGAUAUGUAAAGUUGCAAUGAUUAAUGGAUAGAAUUAGUAUUUUUCAUCUUUUCUUACAAAUUUUAUUUGCAUGAGGUCAAGCUAAAUUAAAUAUUCCCCUUGAAUUUAUACUGGGAUCAGGUUCACACACUGAAAAAAAAACAAACUUUUGUAUCAACUUGUAACAAUAUUAUUUUUCCAAAUAUAAAAAAAUAAGGCUAAAAAUUUGCUAUAUUUUUUUUGCUUACUUUGAUUCAAAAUAGCCACUGCAUGGAUCUUCUGAGACAAUGAUUUGGCUCAUUGGACAAGUGUUUAAUUAGAAAUUUAAGAAACCUUGAGAAAGUUGUUGCUGUAGUUCUCUAAUUCAAGUUUUUGAAAAUGAAAAGUUUAACUGUUAAAAUGCUGGCCAAUACAAUAUUGUGAUAAUAUCCUAUAACAUGAUAAAAACUUAGGUGAUUUAAGUGAUAAGAAAUGUAAUAUAGGCACAUACCUAGACAGAUGUUAAUAUUAGUUACAACUGUCUCAUUUUUUGUGAUUAUUGAGGUGUAUUUUUAAGCUGAAAUUCAUCCAGACUGUUGAGUAAGUUUGCACCGAUAUUGUUGUAAAACUUCUCAUACGUCUACAUGUGUACAUUUCUACUUGUUCAGAUGUGUACUGAUCCUUUGUUAAUGUAGACCUAUAGUGCCCUCCACUAAUUUUGGCACCCUUGGUAAAUAUGAACAAAGAAGGCUGUGAAAGACUUUAUUGUCUUUAUUGUUUAACCUUUUGAUCAUAAAAUUCACAAUAAUACUCUGCUCUCAUGGAUAUCAAAUAAUUGCAAACAAAACACAGGUUUAUCCAAAAAUUAUCUUUGUUAAAUAUAGGUGUGCAACAAUUAUUGGCACCCUUUUAGUCAAUACUAUGUGCUACCUCCCUUUGCCAAGAUAACAGUUCUGAGUCUUCUCCUAUAAUGCUGAUGAGGUUGGAGAAUACAUGGGGAGGGAUCUGAGACCAUUCCUCCAUACAGAAUCUCUCCAGAUCCUUCAAAUUUCGAGGUCCAUGCUGGUGGUUCACCAAACAGAUUUAGUUCACCCAACAGAUUUUCUAUGGGUUUUAAGUCAGAGGACUGGGAUGGCAAUGGUAAGACAGUAAACCAGUUUUGUGUUGAUUUUGAUGCAUGUUUUGGAUCAUUGUCCUGCUGGAAGAUCCAACCAUGGCCCAUUUGAAGCUUUCUGGCAGAGACAGUCAGGUUUUCAUUUAAUAUCUGUUGAUAUUUGACAGUCCAUGAUGCCAUGUAUCCUAACAAAAUGUCCAGGUCCCCUGGCAGAAAAACAUUCCCAAAACAUUAAAGAUCCACCACCAUAUUUAACCAUGGGCAUGAGGUACUUUUCCAUAUGCUACCUCUCUGUGUGCACCAAAACCACCUCUGGUGUUUAUUGCCAAAAAGCUCUAUUUUGGUUUCAUCUGACCAUAGAACCCGAUCCCAUUUGAAGUUCCAGUAGUGUCUGGCAAACUGAAGACGCUUGAGACAAAUUUUUACAGCCUUCUUUGCUCAUAUUUACUAAGGGUGCCAAUAUUAGUAGAGGGCACUGUACAUCAACGUAAUGUCAGAGGGAAGGACCUGAACUGAUGCUUGUUCAUAACAUAAGGUCAAAGCAUGCAAUUCUUCGCAAUACUUCUUUUAUGAUCAUAAGCAUUACCAACCAACUGUUACUGUGAUAGUUUUUAGAUCACGAUUUAAAGUCUUUCACCUUUUUUCUUUAAUUAUAGCAGCAAGAUCGGUGGUUUGUUUUAUGUGGACACAUCACUGUUUGCUUCUGUAUGCACACAAGCCUAAACAUAAGUAAUAACAUAAAUAAAAUAUGACAGGCUGUGCAGUUAUAGGAAAAUAAUCAAUGGCUUAGUGACGCCUGCCGCGAAACAGAGCUAUUGUUACCACCCUGAAGUUGAUUGUUUUCCAAUAAUCGCAUGUUUCAAAGUGUUUUAUUCCUCAUAUACCACAGCAAUUCUCCAGUGUUGUGUGUUUGAUCAAUUUCUAUUUACAUUUAAUGUUGUGGAACAUCCAAAAACAAGUUAGUUCCUAUAAUCCUGUUUUGUUCUCUCUUUAAGUUAAUAAGAUGCUUCCUGAAGACUUCCCUCUGUUUAAAAGCUUAGCUCCAGCUUUAUCUCUGACUGUUACAAAGCACUGACACUGGAGACUCCUUCCCUAAAUUUUAAACAGAAAACAAUUAGACAUGUUUUUAAUACAUUUGUGGAGUGGAGUGUGUGAUAGUAUAGAAACAAAAAAAACAUAUUAGAACGAGCACAUUAAUAUAAAUUAAAUGAAAACCUUCUGACCAAUCAGGUUUGAGAAUUCAACAAUGCUGUGGUAUAAUCUGUAAUAAUACCCACCUGUGUAUUUGGUGUGCUUUGGUAAUUUUGGUCAAUCCUGUAAUAAGAGGACUACAUUUAAUCUGCUAGCUCAUUGACUCAUGUAUAGCACUUUUUAUUUUUCCAGCACUGUGCAAUUUGUUUUUCUUCUGCUACCUGGUUGCAUUCCUGAUAUUUCCAUGUAUGUAAGAGCCAAGGAUAUGUAGGUCAACAUGAACAAUAGCACUGACCUUAAUCAGCUCGUUGGAGGCCUGGGCUCGGAGCCAUAAGGACUCAGCAAGAGACGUAGAACCAUCUGGGUGUUGGGCGCUAAUCUCUCGGACAGGACACUCUGUGACUGUGACUUACACACAUGCCUCACCUAGAGCUGGAGUGUGAUAUUACACGGAGUUCAUGAGAUUUAACAGAUCGUUAAAUGCUGGAAGUUAUUUCUGCGUCAUGAAGUUCAUCACCUCCAUCAGCUAUCUGACUGAACUCUGAGCCCAGAGGAAGUUUUAAACCUGCAUGACUAAUUCGUCGUCGAAUUCACGGCUAUAUUUCGUAGCAAUAGACAUCGUGACAUUAACUGUAGAACAAUCUGUAUGUGUAAUAUGUUUUCAUGUGUAUCUCAGACUAUUGUUUAAUCAAUCACUGACACCGGUUUCACAAUAGAGUGUGUGAGAAACAUGUUUAGGAUCAGACUCAGGACAAAAAUGCUUAACAGAUAACAGAAGUAACUGUCAUUGUAGACGCAUUGUAUUAAUUAAUGUAACGUUACACUAAGGACACUAUUUAUUGUUCAGAAAUGUCCUUUGGUGAUUGUGAGAUUUAACUUUAGAAGGUAUUAUAAACUAACUUUAUGAAUAUGUUAUUGAUACAUAGUGGUAACAGGGUAGUGUUCAUAGGGCUACAGAACACCUGCAUAAGCUUUUCAUGAGAAAUUAUAUUAACCUACAUAAAUGUUUGUAAAGUCUUAUUUCCUCAGUUGAAAAAAAAAAGAAAAGGCUUUUGUCAAUAUUGAUGUCAAGUCAUGACAGCUUUGUCACAUGACUUAGAUUUUGUUGUUGAUAUAAGAUUAUGGUAUGACAAUUUUAGGACUGACUUAUUCUAAAUCUUAAAGACAAUUUGUAGUUCUUUGCACUUCUGGUAUGUCAGAGUCACAUAAUGGCGAUGGCACAACAUGCUCUAAUUUAGCAUCAGAGCAAAUAUACAUUACUUACCUGUCAUCAUGGUGUCUGGUUUUGCAACUGAGUAUCCAUAAAGAUCAUGUAAAUCAUCAAAUUAAACUCACUUUACUUAAGGGACAAUGAAAACACACACACACACACACACACACACACACACACACAUCUGCCAUUGUGUUAUCAUGGAAUUGUCAUAGUACACAUCACCUUUAUUUAAGAGCUUACCUUUAACGUUACUUUCAUGAUGUCUUACGCAGCAGGUUUUCAAUGUCAGUGUCAUUAAAACCAAGUGCCUAGUACAGGAAACACCGAAGUGUUCAAUUUUCCAACUAACCUCCUUUAGCAAGCAAUGCCACAUAACCAUUAUGUGACUGUGACAUGACAUCCUAACUUAAAGGAAAGCUCCACCUUGAACCGCGUUAAACAUGUUAUAUAUUAAAUAUCUUAGAGAUUUUGGUGCUAAUUUGUCGGUUGGUGCUGUAUUUUCAUUAUUGUCAUUAGAAGUUAGCAGUUGUCUACCAAUCUGUAGUCACGGGGGACAAUGUUGUUGCUAGUGCAGUUAAAGUGGUUGUUUAAAUAGAAAAUUUUCUGUUAUCUCAAACAGAAGGGAUACUGGUCGGUUCUCAUUCACCAUUUUCCAGUGAUGUUCAAUGUCACAUUCAUGAGAAAUCCAAUGUAGAACUAGUGGAGACGGUAAAUGUAAGACUCAAAUGUUGGUUCCAGAAUGCAAUGGGACAGAGUGCUGAGUUAUGACAGGAACUCGCCUUGGCUAGUUAGUGAUCCAAGAUGAAAAGCACAAUGGUAUUAGCAUCAAUAGUAGCAUGAAAGCUAAAACUUUGGAAGCUGGACUGUUUGAGCAGAGUGUAUAGAUGAGGAGGUGAGAAAUCUGGACUGACUAAGGGACUAAAGCAUUGCUGCAUCACUCUCUUUAGGUAAAGAUAAAGCAAGAGCUAAAUCCCAUUGGCACCAAUAAACAACAGCUAGUCAAAUGGCAUUGUGUUUAAACUGUUAGCUGGUGCGAAAAUAGACAAACAUGUUGAUUAAAGACAUUUAAUGCAAACAAAGUCAACUCCACUGAACCACUCGAGUACUUAUUGAUGAUAAAUAUUUAUUUCGAGUGCAUUUUUUCCCCAAUAAGUGUCAAGCUUGCCACAACAAAAUCUAUGAAAACACAUUUUAUUACUGUUGAAAUAAGUCUUUGUAAAUGUCUAUAUAGGUUUACUGUAUGGGAGAGCUUAUUGAGGUGUUGUGUACUGUAUCUCUACGAACACUACCCACUUUACAAAGUAAAGCGUUACUUAUAUAGUUAAGGUUUGAUGUCAGUGAUGAUUGUAUACUGAUUUUAAGGGGUUGGGCUUUAUUUGUGAUGAAAUGGGGGUGAAAUGUGCAUAGCAAAAAAGUUCACGCUAAUGUUCAAGGUUAGGAAAGAAGUCACACUGAGGUCCUUUUGACCGUCUGAUUGCGUCUCGGAAAAGUGGGCUGUAAUGAUUCAUAUCAAAUCAUUUCUUAUGGGCGCCUUGAAUAAUCCAAUCGCAAAUGAAACUGUUUGCAGGAGGCAUGAAGACUAAGGUCUUUUUGAUUGGCCCAUUGCCAUAUCGUUCUUUUCUAAACGACUCCAGGGAUUAUGAUUGGAUUAAAUCACGACUGAUUGACAGCGUCAUGAAUGAGCUGUAUGGUGUGAGCUCAGAGAGAUGAAAAGUGAGGAGUCAAGGGCACUUUGAAUGGUCCAGUGUUGAACUAAGUGACUCCUCUGGUAAUUUUGAUAUUUUAGAGAACAAUGAGCUAACUCAUGGUUUAUAUCUUUAUUAGUCCAGUAUAUUUAUUUAUUUAUUUGAGAAAUUGUAUUAAACUCUACAGAUUUACUGUAAUGCUGUACUUACACAGUUGAAGUGGAUGGUUUUACCUUGUCCUGUAGCAGUACAGCACUGAGCAUUAAAAAUGUUUCUAAAAUGGAUUUUUCAGUAAAAAUCUAGGUUGCAGUCUA